AUGGAUAGCAACAAGGGCCCGACACAGGAAACCCCAUCCACCUCGAGUAGAAGAAGAAGUUCCGGCCCCGCCUUCGAGGGUCUGAUGCAACAUAAAAGAGGCAGUAGCGAUCCCAUGGCUGCCGCCAGACGCCAGAGCCUUAAUGAGCAAAGGCCCCAAGCUGGCUUCUUCGGACAGAUGUGGCACAAGUAA